GUCUUACUAUUUUGUCACAUCAUAUAACAAAUUAACUUCCCUUGUGUCACCGAGUUGACAGGCAUUGACAAAGACUUGGUGAUUUUGCGCUGGAAGAGAUAGCACAAUAGUAAGAAGCUGGGAGGUGUAUGGGCUAGUUUGUGGAGUGGGGAAGAGUGUGGCACGAUUGACAGAUAGAUUCAUCUAAAACCGACUGGCUGGCGGGAAGGAGUAUUUUGAAAGGUGCCUAGUUGAAGAGAAUGCAUUUUAUUGAAAGCACAGGUGGAAAGAAUUGAAAACCAGGUGACGCAUUUUGAAAACGACAGUUGGUAGUUUGUAUUUGACGCCAAAUUGAAUUCAAAAGUGCCGUGUAAGAUAUAGAAAUCUUAUAACAGAGUCACAGCAGGAUUAUUAAUUAUAGGUUUUCAAAGGAACUUAUUCAGUCUUGAAUAUUUAAAAGGAAAGAAUAGAGUGUAAAAUUUGGGUUUUUUUUCCUGAGGAUUAUGUAGACCUGACUGGAAGUCGUCAUGGAAGGAUACGUUAUAUGGUUUAUUCUACUUUUGGGAGUGGUGCAGUGCCUAACAGCAGAAUACCCUGCCCGCUAUCCUGAGAAUGAGAAACGUAAGAAUUUUGCGUGCGAGAACAGCUUCGUCAAUCUUCAAUGCAAGCUUCCGGGGGAGCGGAUCCGGAUCCUGCUGGCAAACUAUGGGCGGUUCAGUUUGUAUGUUUGCGGUAUGGGUGGUAUCGACAAAGACUGGAAUGUGCAGUGUAGUGCAGAGGAGUCCAUCAGUAUCAUCAGCCAGAGGUGUGACGGAAGGAUAAAAUGCUCGUUCCGCGCGUCUGACGAUACUUUCGGAGGUGAUCCAUGUCCAGGAACCAAAAAAUAUGUAGAGGUGCAAUAUUACUGUGAAAGAGUUGAGGAAAAUGGAACAUCGACUGCCCCUUCCACCACCGCUCAAAAAGUUACAACAGGUCAACCUCCCCCAGUCAGCACAGAGGGGCAGGAUUACCAUGUGGGGACCACAGAGCCAGGGGACAGGGACCAUGGGAAUGGGUCAUCUCUGUGUAAGGGUCGGGAGGAGGCGGGGCUAAUAUGGCCGUCAACAAUGGCGGGGCAUACACACAAGGUGAUAUGUCCCCAGGAUCAGACAGGUGCUGCUGCAUGGCGGUGUGGGUCUGAUGGUCAGUGGGCGGGCAGUCCUGAUCUCUCUGACUGUGUCUCAAUGUGGAUGGAGAAUAUCCAGGCAAUGAUUGAUACUGACCAGCCAGCUGACGAGGCAAUUAAAGAGUUGAACAGUAAGAUCAAAGGGAAAUCACUGCAGGCAGGUGAUCUAAAAAGGGCCACAAUUCACGUGUUACCGGGACUGAUUACCAAGAUGAAGAAAGAGAUACAGUCUGACAUGUCGCUGCAAGACAGGAGGAAUAAAGUACACAGCUUCAGUAAGGCCAUAGUGAAGUCUGGCAGCAGUCUGCUGGACCAGACUCAGCAUUCAUCCUGGCAGUUGUUGGAUUCCAAAACCCGCAAACAGUCUGCCACAUGGUUGAUAGUAUCCCUUGAACAGAUGGCACUCGAGGUGGCUGCUACUAUCAACACAGAAGAGACUGUUUCAUCAUCAGAACUUAACAUAGUGAUGGAGGUAAGCGUGAUUCGACCAGAGAGAUCACUGACUACAAACAUGCAUCUUCCCAGAAUGCAGUAUGCAACCGACAGCCCUGAAAGGCAACAUGACGUUAGCCUGCCCAUAGACAGCAUCAUGGGAAUUUCCUCAUCUGAUGAUGUGACAGUCACUUACCUACAGUACAACAACUUAGACACCCUCAUGGACCCAUCAUCAAACCCAACCCUGACAAGCGAAAACACCACUCGUUACAUCAACUCUGACGUAAUAUCUGCCUCUGUCACCAAACAUUCCCGCACGGCCAAGAUCAGUCAUGCUAAAACGCGACUUACACGCCCAAUGACCUACACACUCUCGCAUAAUGACAAGGACCUGAAAGAUCAGAUACCUGUCUGUGCCUACUGGAGCUAUAAUGCAAGCACUCUACAGGGAGAUUGGAGCACUGAGGGGUGUUGGGUUGCCGAAUCAAACAUAAUGUUCACUACAUGUCAAUGUGAUCACCUUACAAACUUUGCUGUCCUCAUGGACGUCACUGGAACUAAGCUAAACCUUUGGCACAUGAUGUCCCUACAAGCUAUCACAUAUGUGGGAUGUACCGUGUCCAUUAUUUGCCUACUCAUGUGUUUCAUUUCAUUCACCAUAUUCAGGAACCUGCAGUCAGACCGAAACACCAUACACAAGAACCUGGUGCUCUGUCUCAUGUUAGCAGAGCUUCUUUUCCUGUUUGGCAUCGCAAAAACUGACCCUCCUAUGGUGUGCUCAGUCAUUGCCGGUUUCCUGCAUUUCUUCUUCCUGUGUGUGUUCUCAUGGAUGUGUCUAGAGGGCAUCCAACUAUACUUCAUGUUGAUCGAGGUGUUCGAGGCUGAACGUUCCAGGAAACGAUGGUUCUACUGCUUCGGCUAUGGUAUGCCAGCCUUGAUAGUAGCAAUAUCUGCAGCUAUUGACCACACUGGCUAUGGAACAGAAACGCAUUGCUGGUUGCGGACAGACAACUACUUUGUCCUCAGUUUUGUGGUUCCUGCUGCUGUUGUUAUUCUGAUUAACAUUGUGAUGUUGAGUAUUGCUGUGUAUAUGAUGUGUCGCCAUGCGGGCGUGACUGCUUCAUCCAUCCAGGCUCGACAAAAAGGAAAACUGGAAAAAAUGGGAAAUGGCAAAAGCAACAGUAUUGUAAGUGACGAUACAACAAGUGUGACAUCAUACGACUUGCCCACCUGGUUGAAGGGUUCUGCUGUGUUGGUCGUCCUCCUGGGCCUCACAUGGACAUUUGGGUUUGUUUAUGUGAAUGCAGAUACGGUGGCUGUGGCAUACUUGUUCACCAUCCUUAACUCUUUACAAGGCCUCUUCAUCUUUAUUUUCCACUGCUUCAUGGACAGAAAGGUAAAGAAGGAAUGGCGACGUGCUAUCUACAAGGCCAAGUGGUUGCCCAUGUGUUGCCGUAUCAACUUGGGUGGUUACCAUGGAACCAUGUCAUCACCCACACCCACAUCCUCCUCUGGUGGAAAUUACUUCAUAAAGUUCUGGAGCAGCCGGAAACGUAAGCGUUCAUCAACCAGCUCAGCUACAGGCAAACAUCGUAGAAGUGACCUAGACAGCUUCUUGCGAUCAGACACCAGCAGUGGCUGCACCGUCGGUACUGCGCUGAAUCGGUAUAGCAACCAGAGUGAAAAGCUUCUGCCCAAUGGUGGAAAUGUGUACUGUUCAAUGCCAACUCAUUUUGAGGGUGGCAUUGUUGGUGAUCUUUCGGUAGUGGAAGGUUCAAUAGUUGACAGUGAGUAUAUGACAGAAUAUUGCCAACACGCGCUGCAGGUCACGAAUGAGAAGAAAAAUUAUUCUUCCGGGGAGGAAGAUUCUGACGUUGAUGACAAAGAUAAUAUUUCAAUAAGUAAGGAUAGAUUGUCACUUCUGUCGAAGGAAUCCAUGCCAAAACUGAACGCAGAUUUUACAUCAGAUAAUGAGGAAGGAAAAGUAAAUUAUGCAGUAUUACAGGAGGGCAAGACUGUAAAGAUGGCGGCACAGACAGAGAGUGAGAGAGCUCUCUUCAAUGAUUUAUUGAGUAUGUACAAAACAAUGGAUGGGAAAAAUGAGGCACUUAUCCCCACAGUAAGAGUCUGCACCUCGCAUCAAAAACUGGAGAGUGGGGAGGGGCUUGGGUGUGAAAAGGGUGAAAAUAAAGACAUUACAAAGAGUGCACCUAAUCUGAAAGCCCCAACAUUCUCAGCAUAUUCCAAUCAAACACUCGACACAACGUCAGAACCUCUUUUGGGCAGUAUGCCUGAUGUGGCUGUGGCAGUUGAACACCAGGAGUUUAUUGAAGAAUAGUAUUCUUCAUAGUCAUUGUGAUGUGACAAAAGGUCAAAUAUUACUCUGUGAACAUAAUUCAUGUCAUUUGUCCAUUGUUUAUUCAUUGGGUUUUAAUAUUCAUAAUUUUAAUAUUCUGUUUUUUACUCUUUAAUUAUUCAAGUUGUCUUUUUUUACAUUUAAAGUUCUUCCAGACUAACAACACAUUACAUAAAGCAUUUUUUUAAACUGUCAAAUUUAAAAGAUUGAUACAAAUAUUUGUCAAACUAAAACAUAAUAAAUCUUAUAAUCUUUGCAAUGUGCUAUUAUACCAGAUUAUUUGCAUAUUCUUCAACAAACAAAAAAAUAAUUGUCAGUUAAACAAUUGUACAUGUGAAUAAUGUAGUAGAUAAUUCCUUUUCAUUGCAGUGGGUCUCACUUCCGCCAAAAUGCCCAGGCCAAAACUGCUUAGAUUUAUGUCACCAUCUCAUCAUGUCAUUCUAGGGCUAAAUAUAUAUAUAUAUGUAUCUUUUGUAGCUGACAUACCAUGGUUUGAAUUUUAUACAGAUAAACAUGCACUAAUAAGUCUUUGAAACUUCCAUUAAUGGUAAAUCAAGUAUGAGGGGUGUUCGGAAAGUUCAAGAACAAGUGCCAUAACAUUAUUAUUUUUUAAUAUUUGUACACAAUUCUUUAAACAUACAUAGCUCUAUAUACCUUUUAUUUGUUUUCAGAAGGAAAAUUACAAAAUUAAAAAUAGAUGCUAGUUAUUAUCACCAUAGAAACUUAAUGUAAACAUGAGUUGGGCAACUAAAUGUAUAAAUAAUUAUAGAUCUAUGUCAUAAUAUUGGACACAAUUCACAUGUCAAAUUUUCUCAAAAUAUGCCCCAGAGUACUUCACACACUUCUGGUGGCUGUGAACCCAAGUUUUAAAGCUGUUGGUAUUUUCCUGAUACACUCCUGAAUAACCACUGGCAGGUCUUUGUUGUCGUCGAAACCUCUCAACUCGUUCUUGAUGAUGGGAAAAAGCCAGAAGUCACAUAUGGUGCUAGGUCUGGAGAGUACGAGGAAUUUUGUAGGGUUUUAAUAUCUGAUCCAGCUAGUGUUGUCUCAGUAACAACAGACAUAUGGGGUGGUGCGUUGUCAUGGUAUAGAUAGAAUUUGCCGACAAUCUGGCCUCUUCUUUCUAUAUGCUCUUAUCAAGUCACGCCGCAGUAUCUAAACGCGGUAAUUUUGCAUUUAUUUUUAUGCUGAACUAGUUAUUAAUGCUAGAUUUACAUGUAGUCUCUUAUAUUAUGUUAAAACAUUAAGUAUAGCCUAUAUAAAUUUAAAACAAACUCAUAGUUCUACAGUCAAUUUUGAUGUUGAUGUAAUAGUGCCCUGCUCACGCUUACCUGAUAUUACCAUAACAACAAAAUAAAUUCUAUAAAUCAAAGAAUAUGUGUUAGUGUUGUGCCGAUCAUAGAUUAUAAUCGACAAUUGAUCGGAAAGGCCUACGUCGACAACAAUCGAUAGUGAAAUUUGAACAGUCAAUUAUAGUAAAAGGGAUGUAAUCGCUACCGACUAAUUUUCUUUUUCUGAUUAAUGCUAGUUUAUGUUGAAAUGUUAAGGUGUUUCUAUGUUCGUUAUUUAGUCAUAUUCUUAUCAGUAAGUCAGUAAGUCACUACAUAACCUUAUUAAAAAAUUCUUUGUAAUUUAACAGCUAAAGGAUUGGUUCUCAACUUAUCAUGUUUGUGGUUUAAAAGUGAUUUUUAAAACAUGUAACCAUUUACUUUUUAUGUAAUUAAGUAGUUUCUCAGUUUUCUGAAAGAAAAUGUUCUUGUAAAACAUAUAGAAUAUUCAACUGCUUUUUAUACUUGUUACUGACUAAUUAUUAAAAGAAAUUGAUAUUAUUUUGUGUGUUUUACACAUGUAUACAAUACUUAAUGCAAGACAAAAGAUAGAGUUGGUCCAUUUGGUCUUAUGUUCUGUAAUAGUAACUUGUAAACACUAAAAGAGAGUCGCGUUCUGAAUAAAUAAUGUUAUUUAUACAAAUAAAUGUACAAGCAAUGUUAUAAGGGAACAUUGGUGCUAAAAACUGGUAAAUGUACUGUAUCUGUAUGGCUUAAUAUGAUGACCAAAGAUAAAUAAAUAAUGAUUAAAUCGAUUAAUAAUCGAUCAUUGAUUGGUUUCAUAAACCAAUUAUCGAUAGUAUUUUUUUUGUCCGAUUCCCAACACUUAUAUGUGUAUGGAUAAUAUUAAUGUAUAGAUGUGUAGGAACAAAUACUGAAAAAUUCAUACGAAAAUGUCAAGAAAUAAAAAAUAUGGCAGCAUUUGUCCUAAAACUUUCAGAACACCUCUCGUAUUUCCUUUGAAAAUGUGGGUUUUUUAAUCAGCAAUGUAUACGAAGAACUUUUCCUUUAUCCCUAACAUGGUUUUACCAUGUUCCGAGUGUACUCUUAGUUCAUAGUAUACACUAAGUUCUGAGUUUACACUAAUUUCGAAGUAUACACUAAGUUCUGAGUAUACACUAAGUUCUGAGUAUACACUAAGUUCUAGAUAUACAAUAAGCACCAAGUAUACACUUAGUUGUGAGUAUACACUAAGUUCCCAGUAUACAUUAAGCUCAGAGUAUACACUAAGUUCCCAGUAUACAUUAAGCUCAGAGUAUACACUAAGUUCCCAGUAUACAUUAAGCUCAGAGUAUACACUAAGUUCCCAGUAUACAUUAAGCUCAGAGUAUACACUAAGUUCCCAGUAUACAUUAAGCUCAGAGUAUACACUAAGUUCCCAGUAUACAUUAAGCUCAGAGUAUACACUAAGUUUAGGGAGUACUCUCAAGUUCCGAGAAAUAUCACUAAUAACUGUUUUGCUUGUUGUGUACAGUCAGUGUUUUCUUUUACCAUUCCAUACCUGUGUUGAUUGUGACAUGCCUCAGAUUUUACAAUGCAUAAGACCAUGUAGUUCUUUGCUACCAUCCCAUCACAUCAACCCAAUGUUUACUAGCAGUUUCUGUCAACAUUUACAAUGAUGAUUAUUAAAUGAGCUAAAGAACUGUUAUUUUACUACUAUUUUAAGAACUGUGUUAUCUACAGAAAACUGAGAGUCCAUUGUUUUAUUGAGGAAUUUCAUUGUUCUUGUUCUAUGAAAUAAUGUAUAUUUUCGUACACUUUUUGUACCGAGGUUGUGAAGAAUAUGACCUUGAACAUGUUGGUUGUAACAUUAUAUUAAGGAGAAAAUGAUAACAUCACCUUUCUUUGUGCAAUACUUGUUGUACUAUACACGUGUGAUCAUUGGUGUAUCAUAGAAAGCAGUAGCAGUGUAGCAUUCCUCACUACUAUUUUACACAUAGUUAAUUUUAGGGGAUUGUAUCUCCAAAGUGACCUUGUGCAUGUACAUUGUUAAUGUUUACAACAAAAUAAUAGUAUUUGGAGUCAAUGACCAGAAUGUGUCAUGUUUAAGAAGUGGUCUAAAGUUACAAGCAGGGUGAUAAGAUAAUACUUAGACAGAGUUAUAAUCUGGAUUAUGUGUGUGUGCGUGCGUGUGUGCGUGCAUGCGUGCGGGUGUGGGUGUGUGUGUGUUAAUGCUUGAAUAAUGACAAUUAAUGACCAAUUAUGAGCUAGAUCCCCAUAAAGGCAGAAUAUUGUGCUAUCUUUAGAUUCCAAUAUUCAAGCUGCGUUGAAAGAAUGAAUUAACUGCCAUUAUUUAAGUCUUAAGCAAGAAUGUAUUUCUGUUAAUGCAUAACUUUGUACUGCACACAGAACUUGUAUGCCAAAGAGUACAUAGGGUGAGCAAGGUCAUAUCUCAUUCAAAAGGUUGUGAACAUGUACAUAGAAACUUUGUAAAUAUAAAUGAUAACAUUUGUCAUGUGUACAGUUUAAAACUACAUUUUCAUAUGUUUAUACAGUUGUGUCUUUUAAUUAUGUUUCAAUUUCAUGAUAAUGAUUUUCUGAAAUUGAUGGUUGCUAAAAUCUUGCAAUAACAAUGGAAACUGUUUUAAAGUACUUACUAUUGUGAAUUGCAUCAUGAUGAUUUUGUGACACUGAAAAUAAAGUUUUUACCUUCUAUUUUUAUCUAGUUCAUGUCCUACUCACCAUUUAUUUUCACAAUUGGCAAUGAUCGUGGAAUUAAAAAAAAGAAAAAAUACUAUUUAAAGCAUAUGAUGUAUGUUUUUAGCUCUACUGGCCAAAGGCCAGAAGAGCUUAUGCGAUGGUAAUGUGUACGUAGUAUGUGCAUCCGUGCGGUCGUGCGUUCGUGCGUCUGUAAACAAUUGCUUGUGAACACGAUACAGUCUUCAGUUUUGAUUGUAUCUCGAUGAAACUUGUACAGUAUCUAGAUAUCCAUUAGAGCUGGGUUCCUUUCGAAAACCAGCCAGAUCCGCCCAUGCAUGCCUAGAUUAUGGCCCUUGAUAGUAUAAAAAAAUGCUAUUGUGUAAACAAUUGGUUCUGAACAUGAUACAGUCUUCAGUUUUUAUUGUAUCUCAAUGAAACUUGUACAGUAUCUAGAUAUCCAUUAGAGCUCGGUUCCUUUCGAAAACCAGCCAGAUCCGCCCAUGAAUGCCUAGAUUAUGGGCCAUGAAAGUUUUAAAGAAAUGCUCUCUAUUUUUAGCCAGGUCUGCAUGAGCGAAUUCUAUUUUUAGCCAAGUUUACAUGUAGAUGUAAAUUCAAGUCUAGAGUUAAGGGAGACAAUUUGCAAGUAUAGGAUUUUGAGAGACAAUAUGCUUUUUGCUUCUGCAGCUGAUUUUGUGAAUUACUUUGCCUUGUUCUUGUUGAAAGCCCAAAGGCCAUUUUUUAGCUUUAAGUUCUGUAGUUUGCGCAUUCAUCUUAACAAAAUUGGUUGUGAAUGUUGAAGUUAUGCACCUGGUGUCAUUACUGGCCACACCCAGGGUUCACAGGUUUGGUAAACAUAAAUCUGGAAAGGUUUGAAAAUCUUUUUGUGUGUUCGUGCAUCCAUCUCAGCACAAUUGAUUGUGAAUAUUUGUUCAAAUUGAUCAAUGUUGUCCUAGGAUGCCCUUGACUUGACCUUUUGACCAACUUUUUUAACUUUUAAAACCACAGAAAUUUUUACUAUGAGUACAGUUUUGAAAGCAUUUUUUUUUGUCAGAUGACUUUUACUUGGCACAUAUUAAAAUAGUUCAUGGAACUAAUCUGCUUACACAACUUUCUGGGCUCAGAUGUUGAACGUGCUACGUUUUCAGGUAAGCCAAACACAAAACAUAAAGUAUAUGUCUGUUGCCUUUUACCCAUACAUACAUGCUCUGGAUUGAUAUGACCACAAAAGCCAUGCCAGUAGAGCAUAGGCCCUUUUGGGCCUCUUGUUUAUUAUUAGCACUUAACUUAUGAUAUUAACAUAAAAUCAUGUCAGAUGUAAUUUUUGUAUUUGUGCUGUUGUUUUAUUAUCAAUCAAAAACAUUUUGCAGGACCAGUUAAUGAAUGCUUGAUUAAUUUUUAUUCCAUUUUAUGUUUUUACCUUGACUAUUCAAAGAAUAAGGAGGCUUUACUACUCGCACCGGCUUCAGCUUCCAGUUAAAGACUGUCUUACAAUUAGGUUACAUAACUCCAUAUUUAUCCUAAAUACAUAUAAUGGCCCUUGUUUUACUUUCUUAUUGCUUUUUUUAUUGCUUUUGACAGGCACAUUUUCAUAUUUUUUAACCAGGUUUUCACAAAAUGAAAUUGGUUAUUAGAAUGAUGUGCAUCGUUGUUUGGGCAGGAGAGCGGCGUCACACUCACCUAUGGUAUAGAAUAAUUUUAGUUAGGUUUGAAAUCUAGUGAUCAAACUUGGUUACAGGUAUAGGGAGGCCCCUAGGAUCAAGAUCAAGGCCACUUGUAAAAAUGGUUGGUACUGAAUAACUUUAGUUAGGGUUGACAUAUUACGACCAAUCUUGGUAAAUAGUAAUAAUUUAUAGAUACCUUUCAUGAGUUUAUGUUUGGCGCCCAAGUAAUUGUCAAGGUCAAGGUCGAUGUUGCUAAAAAUUAAAAAAAUGGUUGUACUGAAUAACUGGUGAGGGUUGACAUAUUGCCACCAAACUUGGUAUGUAGGAAGAGUUUUUGGGGGACUUUCAUGGGGUUGCAUUUGGGGCCCCUAGGGUCGAGGUCAAGGUAACCUUAAGGUACAAAAAAUAGAAAACGCAGUUGAAACCGAAUCUCACAACAAAGGCUGAAGUUCUUCUGUCAAUCAUUGAAAACCUGGUUUUGUGUCGCAUUGCACUGUUUCUUUUUACAUUUUAAUUUGACUUUUUUUUAUUGCUUUUGACAGGCACAUAUUACAUCAAUAUUGUAUUCAUUUCUAAGACAAAGCGGCGUAUAGUCGAGAAUGCUGUCCUAUGACAGCUCUUGUUUAUAUUAAAGAUUGUUUAUCAAAUGCUGUUUUAAAUGAAAAGGUUUUUUUUAUUUAGAAACACAUUGCCAAAAAAUCUAUUGAAAAUAUCUCUGUAGAUAUAUUCUUCUUUUAUAUUUGUUCACUUUUUGUUUUGUUUCUAGAAAUAAUUUGUAAUUCUUAUGAAAUACAGUUUUAUUAACA